AUGGGGAAGGGGAUUCCCCUCCGCGCGCCCGCCCCCCUGGCCCGCCUGCGCUGCACGUGGCCGCCGCCGGGGAGCGAUGCUUCGGCUGGGCUGGACGGCGCGGCCGUUGGCGCUGCCGCUCGGAGCUGCUGCUGCUGCUGCUGCUCCCUGGCCCCGCCGGGGAGGAGGACGAUGCAGAGGCUGGAGGAGAAGCGAGGCGCCGAGGGGGACGAGCCCCAGGAGAUCCGGCCGCUGCCUCCUCCGCCGCCACCGCCCUCGCUCUCGCCCUCCUGCUGCGGCCGGAGCCUCCGCCGCCUCGUCCCCGUCGGCGCCUGGCGAGAGGCCCGCGAGCUGGUCCAGAUCGGCGGCCCCGUGGUGAGGAAGGAGGGCAGGCGGGGAGGGCGGGGACCCGAAGGAGAACCGCGAUCUGGGGGGGCGGCAGCGGUGGUGCAGUGGUUAGAGCAACCGUGGCCCGCCUCGCAACGUUGUUGUGCGGGCGGAAGCAGCAGGAUGAAUGAUCGUCAGGAUCAAUGAAUGAGGCGCAGAGACUGAGAAAUGAAAGAGAGAUCAGAGCAUAGCUGUCAAUAUUUUUAAGGGAAAUUCCCUUAUUCCGAAUAGGAUUCCAUUGCAAGAAAAGGGAAAAGUUGACAGCUAUGGAUCAGAGAGAGAUCUGCGGAGAAUAACAUGGGAGGGAAGGAGAGAGAAAUGGGAGGAAUAAAAAUGUGAAGAGCUGAAAUGGCUUUUAAUCUAGUGUUCCGUUUACCGCCAAUUCUGUUUUUUAAAAUAAUUGUUUCUAACUUUUUUUACUGAUAAAUCUCACUGUUCCGUUGUUUUCGCAAACUGCUCUGAGUUUCUCCCUCUCACAAUCAAGCAGUGUAUAGUUUUUAUUUGAAAGACGGAACGAAAUAAUGGGGUUGUCUCUGACCAAGCUUAACCCCGUCAGAAUGGGUGAGUCAGCCGUGCCCCUUCAUUUCAAUGGGUCAACUCUGAGUGAGUAGAGCUAGCGUUGGAUGCAACCCGCAGGAGAUGAAAUGGGAGGCGUGGGAUGGAACAAGGAUGAAGGAUGAGAAAAUGGGAGGGAGAAGGGCAGAGAAAAAGAAAAGAAUGAAAUGAGAGGUGAAUAGAGGAAAGGCAGGAGGAAGGGAAGAGGAAAGAAGAGGAGGGGAAGGAGGAAGUUGAGAGACAGAACUGCACUACGUCCUCUGAAAACAGAACAAGGUUCCAGUCCUCAUGGUUCUGAAGGAAGGGCUGAUUUCAGUUGAACUGCCUUAAGCUGAGUCAGUUCAUUGGUCCAUUUAACCCAGUGUUGUCUGCACUGACUGGCAGCAGCUCUCCAGAGUUUCAUGCUAGGGGACAUUCCCUUCCAGGAGAAGCCACUGGAGGCUGAACCUUCUGCGUGCAAAGCAGGUAGUCUUCCCCACAGCUGUGGUCUCAAGAGACCCACCCUAUCUUGUCCUUGCCCAAAGGUGGACUCGCCCCUAGUUGAUAAGGGAAGGAGGUGGGGGGGUCCAAAGUCUGAGCUUAUUGGGGCCCAGAGACCCCACCCUGAGCCCUUUUUACGACCCGCUAAAAACUAAAGUACACAUUUCAUUUUCCGGAUCAGCCUUGUGACCUCUUGCAUGAAACCUUACGCGAAUGGCUGUUUUUAAAAAUCUUUAUUUUUGCAUGGAAAUUGGCACAUGAUGGAACCGAAAGUGCUUUUGUUUUUUUAAAAAAAGAGAUUUUCUAGUCUGUCUUUCAGGGCAGGCCCCUACCCAGACCUCUCGCACCAGAACAAUACAAUAUAAGCAAGACCCACCCGGAUAAAACCACGAGGCAAAGCUGAAAACAUUGUUUAUCCUGCAUUAUAGAUCCUGCGCCGGAUUGAGAGGGGAAGGUUAGACUAGAUUAGGGGUGGUGGGAUAUCAGGCCUGGGGGUCCGGAUGCGGCCCUCUGGCUCUCUCUUUCUGGCCCUUGAUGUUCUCCUCGGGUCACGCCCCACACUUCCUGCCUUUGUGGAGUUCUUUAACUGUUUGGAAUGUGUCCUUGAACUGUAAAAAAAUAAAAAAUCCGCUUGUUUGCUUGGAUGGCGAGAUGUGUGUGAAAACCUCUGGCUUCUGCGCGGCUGAAAUGUGCAGCCUAUAGUACAAAAGUAAGGCCCCCGUCUUCACAGUGCAUUUAAAGCUGUAUCAUACCACUUUCAUAGAAUGAUAGAGUUGGAAGGGACCCCUAGGGUCAUCUAGUCCAACCCGCACAAAUCUCAACUGUCGAACUGCUCUUACUGUCAGAAAGUUCUUCGUGAUGUUUAGUCGGAAUCUCCUUUCUUGUAACUUGAAGCCAUUGGUUCGGGUCCUACCCCCCAGAGCAGGAGAAAACAAGCUUGCUCCAUCUUCCACGAGACAGCCCUUAAGAUAUUUGAAGAUGGCUAUCAUAUCUUUUCUUAGUCUCCUCUUUUCCAGGCUAAACAUACCCAGCUCCUUCAACCACUCCUCAUCAGGCUUGGUUUCCAGACCCUUGAUAAUCUUUUCCGCCCUCCUCUGCACACCUUCCAGCUUGUCGACAUAUUGUGGCGCCCAGAACUGGACACAGUAUUCCAGGUGUGGUCUAACCAAAGCAGAAUAGAGUCAGACUAUUCCUUCCCUUGAUCUGCACACUAGACUUCUUCUGUUGAUGCAGUCAAGAAUAGCAUUAGCUUUUUUUGCUGCUGCGUCACACACUGGACUCAUGUUAAGCUUUUAAUAAUAAUAAUAACAGCAUCUUAAAAAGCAGAGACAUCACCUUGCCAACAAAGGUCCGUAUAGUUAAAGCUAUGGUUUUCCCAGUAGUGAUGUAUGGAAGUGAGAGCUGGACCAUCAAGAAGGCUGAUUGCCAAAGAAUUGAUGCUUUUGAAUUCUGGUGCUGGAGGAGACUCUUGAGAGUCCCAUGGACUGCAAGAAGAUCAAACCUCUCCAUUCUGAAGGAAAUCAGCCCUGAGUGCUCACUGGAAGGACAGAUUCUGAAGCUGAGGCUCCAAGACUUUGGCCACCUCAUGAGAAGAGAAGACUCCCUGGAAAAGACCCUGAUGUUGGGAAAGAUGGAGGGCGCAAGGAGAAGGGGACGACGGAGGAUGAGAUGGUGGGACAGUGUUCUUGAAGCUACCAGCAUGAGUUUGACCAAACUGCGGGAGGCAGUGGAAGACAGGAGUGCCUGGUGUGCUCUGGUCCAGGGGGUCACGAAGAGCCGGACACGACUAAAUGACUCAACAACGACAACAACAACAAUUUAUUAUUUAUACCCCGCCCAUCUGGUUGAGUUUCCCCAGCCACUCUGAGCGGCUCCCAAUCGAGUGUUAAAAACAAUACAGCAUUAAAUAUUAAAAACUUCCCUAAACAGGGCCUUCAGGUGUCUUUUAAAAAUAAGAUAGCUGCUUAUUUCCUUGACAUCUGAUGGGAGGGCGUUCCACAGGGCGGGCGCCACCACCAAGAAGGUCCUCUGUCUGGUUCCCUGUAACCUCACUUCUCGCAAUGAGGGAACCACCAGAAGGCCCUCGGCGCUGGACCUCAGUGUCUGGGCUGAACGAUGGGGGUGGAGAUGGUCCUUCAGUUAUACAGGACUGAGGCCGUUUAGGGCUUCCCCCAGUCAUGGCUUCCCCCAAAGGACCCUGGCAACUGUAGUUUGUUAAGGGGGCUGGGGAUUAUGAGGAGUUAGCCCAGUUUCCCUCACGGAGCUUCCGUUUCCAGAUUGGUUCAAUCCCUCUUCCCAAGGAACUACUUCCUGAAAUUUAUACACUGCUUGAUUGGAAAAGAAAAACCCCACCUCAAAACGGUUUACAAAAGAGCUAAAAUGUUAUCAAUAAAAAGAACUCACAACAAUAAUUUAAAACAUUUUUUUAAAAUACGUUUGGUGGGCCACACAAUGACAUCUCACUUUUUCUUUUCUUUCCUUCUAAAAUAAAAACACUGAAACUCCCAUAUUUUAUUAUUCUGCUCAGUCGCCUCUUAGUCUAAUAUUGUCGUUGGCUGUUCUGAUGCUCGAUUUCCGCUCCCCUUGGCUCCGCUGGCAAAGCAGCAGAGUUCUUGCAACUUUUACAAGGAGGACCUAGAACUGAGUUGUCCACCAGCUUUUCUUUGGAUUGCUUGCCAGGGACCUGAGGUUUUGCAGGGAGCUGCUUGCUGGCCUGUCUGUUCAGAUCCUGCAAGACUUGUGUGCUUCUCUCCAUGCCCCCUGCCUCCCCCACUGCUUGCAAAGGACCCUGGGGCUGGAGCUUGCUCAGAUCCUGGGAGGCCUGCUUAUUUUGGUUAUCUUGCAAAGGAGCCUUGCAAAAUGCUCUGGGCCGUAGAUUCAGAUUUGUUUGUUUGCGUGUGGUCCAGCAUGGCGCAUAUAUCCGCAUGAAAUUAACUCGGCUAAAAAGAUAUACAGUGAAGUACCUCUGGUUACGUACUUAAUUUGUUCCGGAGGUCCGUUCUUAACCUGAAACUGUUCUUAACCUGAAGCACCACUUUAGCUAAUGGGGCCUCCCGCUGCUGCUGCGCCACAGGAGCACGAUUUCUGUUCUCAUCCUGAAGCAAAGUUCUUAAUCCGAGGUAAUAUUUCUGGGUUAGGGGAGUCUGUAACCUGAAGCCUAUGUAACCUGAAGCGUAUGUAACCAGAGGUACCACUGUACAACAAACGCAAACUUAAAAUUUUGAAUUUGCUCGGCGGAUCACAACAUUUCUCUUUUAAAAAAGAACGAACUAACCUGGGGACUUGUGCAUGCUGAACUUUAAAGUGCUUGUGUGUUUGUGAUCUUUUGUUUGGAUCAGCUGUCCUGUCCCUCUGGAACAGGGGGAGAGGGAUCAGUUCCUUCAAUCCCAAACAGCCUUUUGUUCAUUGUCCAUCUUGCAAGCAUCUGACUUUGGGUCGGAAGUUCUUUGCUGCCAGAUAAGGGCACCUUUUGAAACUUUCAUGCCCUGGGGUUGAGGGAAACUUUCAUGCCCUGGGGUUGAGGGUUUGUGUGUGUCUGACGGUCUGACUCGUUCCUUGAGCACAUGCUUUGCAUAAAAAGUCCCAGGUUCAAUCCUAGUUGAGGGGGGAGGAACAGGACAAAUGUGUGCUGCGAUAAAAUGUUGCAGCAUGAGGUGCUGCUCUUCCAGAUUCUAGCCCCUCUCUCCCCACCCCCAUGAGAACUUAGGAAGCUGCCUUGUGAUGACUUGACCCUUUGGUCCAUCCAGCACAGUACUGUCCACACUGACUAGCAGCAGCUCUCCAGAGUUUUAGGCACAGAGUCUUUCCCCAGUCCCACCUGGUGAUGCCGAAAAUCGAACCCAGGACUGAGUUCAAACAGAUGCUCUUAUCACUGAGCUCCACUCCCUUUUCCCCUUCUCCCAACAGUCUAUCAGCAUUCAAGGAUCGCCAAGCACACUCAGUCUUCACUGAGAUGUUUUUGGGUCACCUUAAAAUUGGGGGGAGUAUUUUGCAACUCCACACAGCGCCUGAACUCUGGAAAUAGCAGGAACGUUGAUCCUUCGGCUAAAGGAGCCAAUAAUCUGAUUUUUUAAUAUUGUUUUUCUUGUCCUCUGCUGGGUCUCUCUAUUGACGUGUUCCGGAUUGGGCCAUUCAGCUAACAGCACGUUGCCUCUUCUCUACUUCCCCCCACCCUCCCCCCAAAAAUCCACAUAUUUGUGUCAGGGCAUGUCCAGGAUUAGAGGACUGCUGUCAUAAACCUCUUCCCGCCAUCGCGCGGUCAGGAAACAAAAUGCUUAUUUUCUCUUUCCCCUCCCAGAUCCUUGUCAGGGUGAAAGAUUGCUGCCCUGGGGUAGCGCCGAGCUUCGCGUAAGCUGUGCUUGUUGGGACCUGUUCAGCUUCUCUUGGCGCUCUUCCCCAAGUACAAGAAAACACCGCUUUGGAUCGGGCCCCGGUUCCUGGAACCAAAAGCCAGUUCAAACUCCACAGGGCCAAGACACACGGGAGAGGUUCUGCGAGCCGCGAGGGGGGAGUGGAAAUUUUUGGGAACCAUUUUUUGGAGGAACAUUGCAGGCUCCCUGCAGGUAGAAAGCUAGCCUCUGCGUGACAAAACACCCGGGGUUGUUCCGUGCGCCGAGACCUUGCGUUCAGAAGGUGGGGAGGCGGCCUGUUUACAUAGUGAUGUCCAGCAGAUGCCCCCCAAUAGGAAGACCUCGAGCAGGACGCGGGUGCGAGAGCCUGUGGCUUGUACACUGCUGACUCCAACCACAGAAGCAGAGCAGAACCACCGUGGCUAGUGGCAACAGAGAGACUUAACCUCCGCAAACUUGGCUAAGCCUCUUUUAUAGGCGUCUGAGUUAGUGGCUGCCACUCAGUGAUGCAGCGUGGGUUGCCAGUGCCCGGGGCAAGGCAGAUAGCAUUGGCACAGUCUGGGACGAAGGGGCAACAGCUCAGUGAUCUACCCAUGUGGGAAUCUUUCCAAAGCUUGCAGAGGGCACCCUGGCAACCAGCCACCGCCCAAAUCGUCUCCUUAAUCUACUCACGUGAACACUGGGAUAUUUUCUGAGCGAGAAUAUUGAGGCUUGGAGUAUUGAGACUGUAUUUUAAUGUUGUGUUUUAAUGUUGUAUUUUAAUCUCGUUUUUAAGUUGUAUUUCAAUCAAUUUGUUUUACAUCGGGUGUUAGCCACCCUGAGCCUGGUCUUGGCUGGGGUGGGCAGGGUAUAAAUAAAAUUUAUUAUUAUUAUUAUUACUAUUACUAUUAUUAUUAUUAUUAAAAUUACAGGUGGUUAGCACGUUGUAGCGGGUUGGCCUAGAUGACACCAGGGGCCCGUGGCACAGAUUUAUGCAACAAGGGGGAGGGCAAGCUAUGUUUUUAUUCAUUAUUACCACUUCUUUUUUGCCUUCUGAAAUUUUGCGCCCCUGAGAAUAUAAAAUACGCAGUGAUUUACGUUAUGCAAAACCAAAGAGAAGAAGGGAAGCAACUGAUAUUUUAAGGUUGUUUAAAUGAAUAUUUUAAAUUGUAAAACAGAAAAUUUAAUAAAAAAGAAGAAGAAGAAUUUUGUGCCCCGGGCAGCUGCCCCAUGCUACACCACUGCCGCCACCGCCACAGUUUAAUUGUGUGCUUGGCGAUGGGAUGUGCUCACCCCUUACCCUUCCUCCUUAGUUCGUGGCGCAGCUUCUGGGCUUCCUGAUCAGCGUGGUGAGCUCCAUCUUCUGCGGCCACCUGGGCAAAGUCGAGCUGGAUGCCGUCACCCUCGCUGUAUCGGUAAGUAAGGCCCUGCCUCGCAAGAGCUGCCUUGCGCUCAGCCAGAGCCCUGGGCUGCCCCGCUCCCUGAGAGCUGGGGCAAAUGCUCCACCUUUGAUCUGCAGCCCCUCUCGCUAAAAGCAGAGCCAAGGUCCCAGUCCUCAUGGUUCUGAUUUCAAGAGGAACGCAGGAAGCUGCUGGCGCCGAGUCGGGCCAAGGGGGGCGUCUGCCUCAGCACUGCCUGCACUGACUGGCAGCAGCCGCCCGCCGAGGUUUCAGCCCUACCUAGAAAUGGCGGACAUGCCAGACAUGGAACUCUGAUCUUAAGAGUCAAGUGGCAGCUCCGCAUGGUUCUGAACAAUGGGAGCUGAUUUCGUUAGGAACCCAGGAAGCUGUCAUAUAUCCUGAGCUGGGGCAAUGGCCUAGCUAGUGUUGUCUGCACUGGCUGGCAGCAGCUCUCCAGAGUUUCGGGCAGGGGGCGUUCCCAGCUGCAGCUGGAGAUGCCGUUGGGGUCCGAACCCGGGACUUUCUGCAUGACCUUGACACCCUCCCUCUCUUCCUUUCUCUCUCAUCACUCCUGCCUCCCAGGUCAUCAAUGUGAUUGGCAUUUCCGUGGGCACUGGAUUGGCAUCUGUGUGUGACACUCUCAUGUCCCAGGUAUGUCCGGACACCGCAUAGGGAGCUCCUCAGUACCACGUCUGACUUCUUCUACCCACCUAGCCCAGUAUUCCCUGCUCUGGUUGGCAGCAGCUCCCUAGGCUCUUUCCCCUAUCACCUGGCUAACUGAACCUUUUAAAAAACCCUCAAGAUGCCAAGGAUUAUAUUUCCCCGUACGGGGAAGUUUUAAACUUUGGGUGUAUGUCUUACUGUGUUUUUAUAUUUUGUUGGAAGCUGCCCAGAGUGGCUGGGACACAAAUAAUAAAAUUACAGUGGUACCUCGGGUUAAGAACUUAAUUCGUUCCGGAGGUCCGUUCUUAACCUGAAACUGUUCUUUUUUUUUUUUUUAAUGAUAUUUAUUAAAGUUUCACAAAGAAAGAAUCACAUCAACGAAAAAAGAAAAAUUCAAGAAUAAAAAGAAAAUUACACAAUGCAAAAUACAAAAAGAAAAAAGAAAAACAGUUAAAAACAAUUCCCUCUUUUCAUCACUACUUUUACAUUUACUUGUUUCCCGGACCUCCUCAUACCUCCCUCUUUUGUAUUCCAAUUCAGUUUGUUAGUCCAGCAAUUCCUUUCCCUCCUUUUUAAUCCCAAUCCUUAAUCUUAAUAUAGUAUAGCAUUAAAUUUUUACCUAUUAAAAACCAAUUUUUCCAUUCUUUUAACCUUUUUAAUCCUAAUCCUUAAUCUUGAUAUAUUUAUAACUUUAAAGCCUGUACAGCUAGAAGCCACUUAAUUUCAAUCCAACAUCUUAACCUGAAACUGUUCUUAACCUGAAGCGCCACUUUAGCUAAUGGGGCCUCCCGCUACCGCUGCACGAUUUCUGUUCUCAUCCUGAAGCAAAGUUCUUAACCCGAGGUAAUAUUUAUGGGUUAGCGGAGUCUGUAACCUGAAGUGUAUGUAACUCGAGGUACCACUGUAUUAUUAUUGAACCUGGCAGUUUCUGCUUGCAAAGCAAGGGCUCUAACCACUAUGCCACAUGGCACACCCGGAGAGGGGUGCAAUACGUCCCCGAGGAGGCCACCUGGCCUCUUAUCAGGGACGCCAGGAGGGUUUCAUCCUAAUCCCCAAGUUUCUCCCCUUCCCCUGAGUGAAUAACAGCCAAAAUUGGGCAAAGCUUUGCAGCGGUGCAAGGAGCAGCGGCUGAUUUAAUUUUUGCUUUCCUGCUUUUUUAAAAAAUCAGACGUACGGGAGCAAGAACGUGAAGCGCGUGGGGACCAUCCUGCAACGGGGGAUCCUCAUCCUGCUCCUCUUCUGCUUCCCCUGCUGGGCCUUCUUCAUCAACACGGAGCAGAUCUUGCUUCUCUGCAGGCAGGACCCAGAAGUCUCCCGGUUAGUUGCUUUCGCUCCUUGCAUGCAAAUGCACACACACAUUUAUAGCAAACAUCUCAGGAGGGGGUGGGGAGUGGGGAGCUGUGAUCCACCCUUUGCAGCUUUUCCUCAAACCUCUUCCCUCUUCCUGUCUCCUGACACUGUUUUCCAAAUCAGUUCCAAGCUCCUAGUCCUUAAGGUUUUCCAGCCUUUACGUGAGCGGCAAGUAAAACUGGAAAACUCCUCUGCCGAGGCUCUUUGCUCUAGUUAUCUCCUGCUUGGACUACUGCAACACGCUCUACGUGGGGCUACCUUUGAAGGUGACUCGGAAACUGCAACUAACCAAGAAUGCGGCAGCUAGACUGGUGACUGGGAGCGGUCGCCGAGACCACAUAACACCGGUUUUGAAAGUCCUACAUUGGCUCCCAGGACGUUUCCCAGCACAAUUCAAAGUGUUGGUGCUGACUUUAAAAGCCCUAAACGCCUCGGUCCAGUAUAUCUGAAGGAGCGUCUCCACCCCCAUCGUUCAGCCCGGACACUGAGGUCCAGCACCGACGGCCUUCUGGCGGUUCCCUCCCUGUGAGAAGUGAGGUUACUGGGAACCAGGCAGAGGGCCUUCUCGGUGGUAGCACCCGCCCUGUGGAACGCCCUCCCACCAGAUGUCAAGGAAAUAAACAACUAUCUGACUUUUAGAAGACAUCUGAAGGCAGCCCUGUUUAGGGAAGUUUUUAACGUUUGAUGUUUUAUCGUGUUUUUUAUGUUCUGUUGGCAGCCGCCCAGAGUGGCUGGGGUAUAAGUAAUAAAUUAUUAUUAUUAUAAAGCACAGGUUCUGAAGCAAAACUGUGCCACUGUGCAAGGCCCAAGGGCUGCGGUCCUUAACACUUGCUAGAGCGCUAGUCCUACUCAGAGCAACCUACUUUUGAGCAAGGAUGCUCACACCUGUACUGUUUAAUGAGCUUGAUUUAACCUCUUCUAGCUGUCCUGAGAAUCUGGAAGGAAGCUGGGCAAAGUGAUAAGGUCAGCCUCCCAUCAAUCUGAAAAAUUCACCUUUCCCAGAAUCUUUUGGGUUUUUUUUUACAAUCUGACGCUUCAGCAUAAGUUUGGUCUUUGUGUCCUUAAAGACUAGGAACUUAAAAAGAGCUGAUCCCCAGUUUGUAGCCGGUUUGUGCUUUUGAGUAAUUCGGUUUUCAGGACAUACAUAAUUCUGCACUUCCUGCAAUCGCUCCCUUCUGUUCUCACAUGCGGGGCUUAAAUCUCUGCUCCCCUUCCUGGGCUUUGAGAACUCCCUCUCCCUCUCUCUCUCUUUCUCAAGAGACAUCUUCAGGACCUCAAACCAGCCUUCAGGUGAGCAGAAACACCUGAUUAAAAAAAACAAAAACAUUUUCAGAACUUCUCCUCUCCCGGUCACAAAAAAACCUGAAGAUUGGUUUUGGGUUUGGGGGGGGGUUAUUAUAAUUUUUUAUUAGUUUUUUUUAACUUAUCAAUGUCAACAGUAAUUAAACAUACUUUUACAUCUUAUUCAAAUUUUUGACUUCCAUCAAUCCUGUCUGAAAAUUUUCCAAUCUAAUCUCUCAGUAUGCAUUUCUUAUCUUCCUUAUUACAUUUCAAACUCAUAACCAAUAUCUCUAUCUUUUUCUACUUUGUAACACUUCAUCUAUUUCUCCUUAAAAAACUAAUUGUAGUCCUACUAGCGUAAUUUGUUGAUUACAGUUGCUCUUCAAAUAAUUCAUCUACUUCUUCCAAUCUUCUGUAAAUCUCUGGUCCCGCAGGUUUCGAAUCCUUCCUGUCAUUUUGUCCAAUUCUGCAUAGUCCAUUAAUUUUGUCUGCCAUUCUUCUUUCGUCCGAAUUUCUUCUUGCUUCCAUUUCUGGGCUAACAAUACUCUUGCCGCAGUUGUUGCAUAUAAAAACAAUUCAACAUCUUGCCUAUCAAUGUCCUGACCUAUAAUACCAAGUAAAAAUGCUUCUGGUUUUUUAAAAAACGUAUAUUUCAACAUGUUGAAAGUUAGAAGAUUGGUUUGCUUUAGCUAUAAACCAGGCUUCCUCAACCCCGGUCCUCCAGCUGUUUUGAGACUACAAUUCCCAUCAUCCCUGGCCACUGGUCCUGCUAGCUAGGGAUCAUGGGAGUUGUAGGCCAAAAACACCUGGAGGGCCAAGGUUGAAGAAGCCUGCUAUAAACCUACGCUGACGGUUGUUGUGAGACUUAAAGAGGGAGGGGAGAAGAACCAUGCACACCACUUCAAGCUCCUCGGAGGACAAGGUGAACUAUAAACGGAAUGAUAGACGGAUGAAUAAUGGCAUGAACUGGAGCCUCCAGAUCUGAGAGCAGUCUACCUCUGGAUAACUAUCUGCAGAGUUAAAUCCCUGCUUUGGAUUCUCCUAGACCUGUGAGCUUCCGAUGCAACCAAUGAACCCGUUAAGUUCGUAUCCGCUGUGCCUGGGAAGAAAAAUAAAAUUUCUGUUAUGUCUUUCAUUGCAGGUUGACUCAGGUUUACGUGAUGAUAUUUAUUCCAGCACUCCCAGUAAGUGUUGUUGUUUUUUAAAAAAUAAAAAACCUCCCCUUCUUUCCUCUCUGCACCCCCCACCCCCCAGAUUCCUUGUUCCCGUUUACACUUGCAAUUAAAACAAUUGAGAUUUCAGAAGCGCCUUAAAUUCGCUUCAGGAAGCUGUGUCUCAGAGGUGGGGCUCGGAUGUUAGUCCUUCAUUUAGAAACAGAUUCACACCCCGGCAUUUUCCCACAUAGUUCUGGGCAGCUUCCGAAAGCAAGUCAAAAUGCACAGCAGGAUUUUGAGGUUUGCGGGUCAUGGCUAUUUAAAGGUAAAGGGACCCCUGACCAUUAGGUCCAGUUGUGGCCGACUCUGGGGUUGCGGCGCUCAUCUCGCUUUACUGGCCGAGGGAGCCGGCGUACAGCUUUCGGGUCAUGUGGCCAGCAUGACAAAGCCGCUUCUGGCGAACCAGAGCAGCGCACGGAAAGGCUGUUUACCUUCCCGUUUACCUUACCUAUUUAUCUACUUGCACUUUGGCGCGCUUUCGAACUGCUAGGUUGGCAGGAGCUGGGACUGAGCAACAGGAGCUCACCCCGUCGCGGGGAUUCGAACCGCCGACCUUCUGAUCGGCAAGUCCUAGGCUCUGUGGUUUAACCCACAGCGCCACCCGCGUCCCUGUCAUGGCUGUUUGGAAGCAGGCAAAUCCAGGGAGGGCAAUGCUGUCGAUGGGCCAUGACACCUAUGAUCCGUCUCUGCGGUCGGAGGCAGCUGCCGGCAAUUGCAAGAGGGUGGAGAGUUCGAAUCCUGCUUAGGGCCUUCCCACUGGGGUAUUUGUUUGGCCUCCUAGAGAACAGGAGGUGAGAGAGGUCCCCCUGGGCUAAUCUGCCGACAUACUCUGUGGCAUCCCAGUCCAAACUGGGAAUUAACUGGGAAUGCUGGGAAUCAUCUGGGGCAAGGGCAAAGGACUCUUUGGGGCCCAGUUGCUCGAGACAAGCUGCCGCCGAAAGAAAUCUAAUCCAACACGGUUUUGUGGUUUAUUUCCCCCCACCCUUUCCAGGCAGCUUUCAUCUAUCAGCUACAAACCCGCUACUUGCAAAGUCAGGUAUGGGCCCAUUCGCCUGCUUAGGGGGAGGUUGGGGGGGUCAUUGCUGCGCCAAGGGGGUUGUGCAAACAUUUCCUUUGGCAUUUUGGACAGUCUGGGUAGUUGGCCUUGGUGAAGAUUUGAUGUUUUCAUCCCCAAAAAGUUUUUGAUUCGAGUUUCUACUGAAACGAGGCUGCAUUUUAACGUUGUAUUUUAAUCUUGUUUUUAAGUUGUAUUUUAAUCAAUUGUUUUAUACCUGGUGUUAGCUGCCCUGAGCCCGGUCUUGGCUGGGGAGGGCGGCGUAUGAAUAAAUUAUUAUUAUUAUUAUUAUUAUUAUUAUUAUUAUUAUUAAACGUGUUUUUGGAGUGGGGUAGGGUAGGGGGAGGUCAGGCGCCCUUUCCCAGCUUCUCGUCUGAUUUAUUCUUAGCAACCUAACACAGUCAAGCACAUUUUGAACCGUUAAAGACUGCUGGGGGGGCUGGGGCAGAGAGAGAUGCUGGAGAGACUUUCCAAAUCUUUUCUCAACCUUUCCCCAAAGGGAUCCAUGCCUGAGGGCAAUUCCUCCAGGGUUUGGAGGUUGAGGGAGGUGGGGAGAUGCAAACUGGGAGCCUUACCUGGGUGUGGGAACAGGCUGGCUGGCUGGGGCGGUGUGCUUAAUUUUCCCUGUUUUUCCCCCCUGGAUCCCAGGCUAUCCUCCUGCCCCAGGUGAUCACGGGCGUCGUGGCCAAUAUCCUGAACGUGAUCAUGAACACCGUCUUCCUUUACUCCUUUGGGCUAGGAGUGGUGUAAGUUCGGGGUUCAGGGUUCAGGUCUUGUUGCUAACACAGAAAUUCCUGGACAGCUUGGGAUCCGGUUUGUCCUUGUGUAGACUUGUAAGAUCGCUGGGGAAAGUUUUGCUCAUGGUGACCCCGUGUCCUACAGGAUAUCAUGGGGCUGCGACCCCCAAAACAUUUCCAACCCUUGCCUCUGCAACAGGGGAAGCAACAGGCUGUUGACACCCUCCUUCUUUGAUAUCCAGUCUGUGAGCCAUUUUGGUGUGGACGGGGUUAGACUAGAUGCCCUUUGGGGUGCCUUCCCACGCUACAAUUCUAUGAUUCUGUGACAUGCUGGCUUAUUUCAGUGCUAGGCAACCGGGGGCAGUGGGAGUGUUUUAUCUGCUGCGUUACGGCCCAGGCACACAUAUCUGUGUGCAUUUAAGGUCCCCAUUCCUAAUUUGCGGGUUGCCAUCUGAUUGGAUUUCACUUUGAAUCUGAUUUGAUUUUAGGUUGUAUUUUAAUUGAUUGCUUGAUUUUAUGGUAAUAUGUUAUAUAUUUGAUGUUAGCCGCUCUGAGCCCGGUUUUGGCCAGAGAGGGAGGGGUAUAAAUAAAUUUAUUAUUAUUACUACUACUACUACUACUACUAUCUCCUCCCCAUUUUUUCUUAAAAUGAAAGCUAAGUUUCUAGUUCUCAUGAUUGCAAAGAAAUCUGCUGCCAGCCCUGCCACCCACUCAUAAAACUACAUGGCAACGUGUUACUAGGACCACCAGCCUAAAGAAAAACUGAACCUGAUGUUUUCUCAAUUAUUCCUUCCUCCUAACUUGCUUCAAUUUUCCCUUGCUGUUUCACAGGGGCUCUGCGUGGGCCAACACGCUGUCUCAGAAUUUGCAGGCCCUCCUCCUCUUCCUGUAUGUGUGGUGGAAGAAGAUACACAAGGAGACAUGGGGAGGUAUUAUUAUUAUUAUUAUUAUUAUUAUUAUUAUUAUUAUUAUUGGGACGUGGGCGGCGCUGUGGGUUAAACCACAGAGCCUAGGACCUGCAAAUCGAAAGGUUGGCGGUUCGAAUCCCCGCGGCGGGGUGAGCUCCCGUUGUUCGGUCCCAGCUCCUGCCCACCUAGCAGUUCGGAAGCACCCCUAAGUGCAAGUAGAUAAAUAGGGACCGCUUUAUAGCGGGCAGGUAAACGGCGUUUCCGUUUGCUGCGCUGGUGCCGGCUCGCCAGCUGCAGCUUCGUCACGCUGGCCACGUGACCCGGAAGUGUCUUCGGACAGCGCUGGCCCCCGGCCUCUUAAGCGAGAUGAGCGCGCAACCCCAGAGUCGGUCACGACUGGCCAUGAUGGGCAGGGGUACUCAUCAAUGGCUUUUUAUUAAAAUUUAUAUACCACCAUUCCUCCAAGGAGCUCAAAGAAGGCCAUUCUGUCUCCCCCCUGUUUUAUUUCCUCUCAACAACCCUGUGAGGUAGGCUAGGCUAAGAAAUAGCAGCCAGCCCAAGGAUCACCCGGUGGCUGAGUCGGGUUUUGAACUGUGGCCUCCGAGGUCCCUAGUCCAGCACUAUAACUGUGACACCCACCCCUGGGCUCUCUGGGAGGCGUUAACCUGGGGAUUAUUUUUUAAUUUUUGCCUCCGAGAAGGCGGCGUGGAAGGAGGGGAGAACGAAACCCCCCUGACACUCCCACGCCCUGUGCAGUUUGCGGGCGACUGCGGUGGGGAAAAAGCCUUUUAAGGGAGCCCCUUUGCAGUGAUAGGUCAGGGUGGGUCACGUGACGUGCGCCCAAUCCAAGCUUCUGGAAUUUGGAAGCCUCUUUCUGCUGGUUCUUGCAGGCUGGACGCUCGACUGCUUGCAGGAGUGGGGCUCCUUCAUCCGCCUGGCCCUCCCUAGUAUGCUGAUGAUCUGCAUCGAGUGGUGGACAUUUGAGAUCGGCAGCUUCCUGGCGGGUGAGGCUAUGAGGCUAAGGCCGUGUCUCUGUCUGCUUCCCUGUCCUGCAUCUCCAUUUCCCUGCUUCGUACCAUGCCACGUCAACAAACCGCAGUACCCCUUUCUCGCCACGACCAGCAGCGGCACUGCAGAGCAGCACAGAUCGGGCUCCCUGUUCCCUCAAGUCUUGCCGGUGUCCCAAACGCAUCAUUGCCCCCAGAGGCUAAUCUUCCCUCUGUAGAACUACGGAUCUGGCGCAAGACACUUUAACUAUUGGCUUCUCCUAAACUCAAAUCCCCCUGGUGUAAUAUCCCUAGCGCUACAAGAUUGUCCCAAGUCUAAAAUUGCCUAUCCAAAGCUUCACUCUUGUGGUUUAUCACCACAACAGCUACUCGCUUUGGGUUUUAGUAAAGCUAUCGGUCUAAUUUGUCAGCGCCUAAAUGAUACCGAAGAGGGACGCGGGUGGCGCUGUGGGUCAAACCACAGAGCCUAGGGCCUGCAGAUCAGAAGGUUGGCUGUUCUAAUCCCCGCGACGGGGUGAGCUCCCGUUGCUCGGUCCCUGCUCCUGCCAACCUAGCAGUUCGAAAGCACAUCAAAGUGCAAGUAGAUAAAUAGGUACCACUCCGGCGGGAAGGUAAACGGCGUUUCCGCGCACUGCUCUGGGUCGCCAGAAGCGGCUUAGUCAUGCUGGCCACAUGACCUGGAAGCUGUAUGCCGGCUCCCUCGGCCAAUAAAGCGAGAUGAGCGCCGCAACCCCAGAGUCGGCUACAACUGGACCUAAUGGUUAGGGGUCCCUUUACCUUUACCUUUAAAUGAUAUCGAGCGUCAGAACAACCUGGCCACAAUAAAGAAUUUUUGUCCAUGGCAUGACUAUUUUCCACCUUCCCAUUUUGACUCUCUGGCCACCCAAUCUGCAUAACCUAGCAAUUCUAAAAUAUAGGCGCGCUUUUACUCUCGCAAGAUUGAAUGUAUUGCCCUCGGCUGGACUCGAGGGACGAUUCCAACAGAUUCCACACGAAAAACACUUAUGCCCCUGUGGAGAUGGCAGUACCGAAUCGGUGGCGCAUGCCCUUCUGGCUUGCACUCCUUAUAGAGACUUGAGGAAGGAGAUUAUCACCCCUCUUUUGCUGUCCAUUCCGGGUCGCCCAACCACUGCCCCAGUGUCCUUUCUCUUGGCAGAUCAAGAUGAGCAGGUGACGGCAAAGGUUGCAAGGUUUUUAGCUGGGGCAAUCAGAAUAAGAUCCGCUAUUUGACUAUUGAUUCAAAACCCAAAAAUGUAUUUUAUAUAAUUAACUUUUUAUUUCUAUGCUUUGUAUACCAUAUUGUUGUUUUACUGCUAUGGCCGAUGGCUGACACGAAUAAAGAUUCAUUCAUUCAUUCUUGUUGGUGCAGACAGUGAGAUUUGUCCAUUUGGACCAGGCCAGCACCUCCUACCCAUUCACACGUCUGCCAUUAAGUCUAAAGACCAGCACCUCCCGCCUCCUCCUUUUUGGCCUCUGAUGACUCACCUGCUUUCAGUUCUCCUCCAUAAUUCCUCCGUGUCUCCUUUUCUUCCUCUUUCCUCCCCAAGGCAUGAUCAGCGUGGUCGAAUUGGGCGCUCAGUCCAUCAUCUACGAACUGGCUACGGUCGCAUAUCUGGUGAGGCAUUGAAUUUCCUUGUACUGAGUGAGCCAUUCCCGGCUAGAACUCGCUGUGCCGUUAACUCUUCACCUGAGUCUCCCGUUUUUAUAAAAAUUGCCGCUGUUGUUCCAGUGACACCUUUUUAUUUUGAAUUCUCAUUGCAGGUAUUUGUUCUACCUUAGUGGUUUGCACAACUUGGGCUUUUAUACUUCGCAACCCUAUUUUUGCAGCCUUUUCUUGGCAUGAAUCACCCCAAUCAGAGACCUGCACUGAUUCAUAGCCAGGCCAAAUUCAAGUUGUUGUUGUUGUUGUUGAUAAUUAAAUUUGUAUGCCGCCUGAUACCCGUAGAUCUCAGGGUGGUUCACAAAAUAAAAUUACAAUAGAAAAAGCACAAAAAACAUCAUGAAAAUUACCGUAUUUUUUGCUCUAUAGGACGCACUUUUUCCCCUCCAAAAAUGAAGGGGAAAUGUGUGUGCGUCCUAUGGAGCGAAUGCAGGCUUUCGCUGAAGCCUGGAGAGCGAGGGGGGUCGGUGUGCACCGACCCCUCUCGCUCUCCAGGCUUCAGGCAACUAUCCGCAAGCCUUCGGAGGGCUCCGAAGGCUUGUGGACAGCAGCCUGCACCCUGAAGCCCGCCGAGCGCUGCGCCAACUCCCACUGCGCUCGCUGGGCUUCAGGCAGCCAUCCGCAAGCCUUCUGAGCACGGCGGGAGUUCCCGCUGCGCUCGGAAGGCUUGCGGAUAGCUGCCUGUUCUGGGGUCGGGGGAAGCUCGGGCUUCCCCCAUCCCUAGCCCCGCAAACUCCGGGAGCAGCAGCGAGGUUGCACACAAUCUUGCCGCCGCUCCUGGACCUGGGGGGAGGGGGAAAAUAAUUUACCCCCCUUCAUUUCCCCCCUAAAAACUAGGUGCGCCCUAUGGAGCGAAAAAUACAGUAAAACAAAUACUAUUGGUAUAUAAAACCCUUAACAGCCUGGGACCAGUUUACUUGUGGGAACGCAAGUUCCAUAUAUGCCCUUCGAUCUGUAGAACUGGCACAGCUACACUCAUUUCAAACUUUUAAGAGAUCGUUCCUUUAGCGUGGCAUCACCUACCCUUUGGAACUCCCUGCCUGUAGACAUCAGACAGCUUCUUUCACCGUACACAUUUUGGUGCUUCCUCCAAACAUUAUUUUAGGCAAGUCUGUCCAGUCCUGUAGAAUAUUCACCUGUGUUUUAAUCUGGUUGUGUUUUUUUUUUUUUUAAAGUUUUUUGUUGAUUUUAAUUAUUUUUGAACCUUUUAAAUAGUUGUUUUUAACUGGGAGGAGGGGUCGGUUGCUGAAAAUUUCAUUGCUUCGAUAUUUUUGUAAACCGCCUUGCGGCGUGUGUGUGGUUUUGUGUUCUGUUUUACAAUUCAGCGGUGUAUAAAUUUUACGAAACAAAAUAAAUGUGCUUACUGAAUAAGCAUCGCCACACACUUUUGAGUAAACAUCCCUAGAAUUGCACUGUUGGGGCCAUCUUCUCUCUUCCCCCCCAACACACAAUUUCAAAAAAGAAAUUCUCCAAAUACAGUCAUACCUCAGGUUAUAGUCGCUUCAGGUUGCGUUUUUUCGGAUUAUGGACCCGCUGAAACCCGGAAGUACUGGAAUGGGUUACUUCCGGGUUUCGGCAGCUGUGCAUGUGUAGAAGUGCUAAAUCGCGCUUUGCGCAUGUGCAGAAGCGCCACAUCACAACCCGCACAGGCGCGCUGCCACGGGUUGCGAACGCUGUGGGUUGCGAACGUGCAUCCCGGACGGAUCACGUUCACAACACGAGCAUCGACUGUCCUUUUUUUUUAGCCUUAAAGGGGCUGUUGCUUUCGCUCCUCACUUGGUUAACUCCCUUGGUUAAUCUCCUCUCCUGUCCCCCCACCAGCUACCGCAAGGGAUGAGCGUUGCCUCCAGCGUCCGAGUGGGGAACGCCCUGGGGGCCGGUGACGUCCAGCAAGCCAAACUGUCCUGCAUCACGGGACUCCUCUGCACGGGUGUGUAUGUCUCUUUAAGGCUGUCCCAGUCCCUCUGGUAGUGGGCGGAGCUCUCUUUCCCAGGAAGGGUUCAUCCUUAAAGGGGCAGCGUCCCCUAAGCUCAGGGGAAGAGAACCCUCUCCCCCCCCAUCUGAAAGCUGCAUAUUCUCACAGGCGACCUUCUGGGGGCCGUGUGAUAGUGAUGGGAAGGGCCAGAGACAAAGCGAUCGAGAGAGAUAGGGUGAAAGAACAGGUGCAAGGGGUUUCUACGCACCCAUUCCUAGUGGCCGUCCUGCAGAACCAUCUUGGGAAAGGGGGCGUGGCUUGGGGAGGCGGGGCCUGGAGAGUGUCCCAAGGGCCAGACAGAGAGCCACGGAGGGCCGCAUUCAGACCUGAGGUUCCCCCACCCCGGCAUGAGAGGUGUGCUACCUCUGAGGCACAUUCAGACCAUUUUCAGAGGAGCUCUUUAAAUACUGUUGCAUUUUUAAAUGUGUGACAUUUUAGUGUAUUUUCGGUCUUUGUUGGAAGCCGCCCAGAGUGGCUGGGGAAACCCAGCCAGAUGGGUGGGGUACAAAUAAAUAAUAAUAAUAAUAAUAAUAAUAAUAAUAAUAAUAAUAAUUUAAAAACGCUUCUGAUCUGAUCUCUCUCUCCUGUCCCAGGUGUGUUUGCAAUGGUGUUUGCUGGCCUCCUGGCAGCCGUGAAGGACGUGGUAGCCUACGUCUUUACCAGCGACAGGUAGGUCAUUCAAACUCGGAGCAAGAAAUUCUUUCGCCACUGAUCUGGGCAAAUCGGCAGACCGCUCAGCAGUCCACGAGAGAACUUAAAAACUCCAAACUUAAAAAUGGAAAGCGUAACGCUGGUGGUGAACAAAAAGAGGUUUAAAGACUCUCUCAAAAGAAUGUGGUAUAAACACCAACAACUGGGAAACGCUGGCCUGCAAGCGCUCCAGUUGGAGAACAGCCUUUGCCAAAGGUGUCAUGGGCUUUGAAGACACUCGAACUCAGGACGCAAGGGAGAAACGUGCUAGGAGGAAGGCACGCUUGGCAAAUCCACACCGUGAUCAGCUCCCACCCAGAAACCAAUGUCCCCAAUGUGGAAGGACGUGUGGAUCCAGAAUUGGCCUCCACAGUCACUUACGGACUCAUUGUUAAAACCAUGUUUAUGGAAGACAAUCUUACUCAGCUAAGAGUGGUUGCCAAAGAAGUUUAAACACAAAAUGCAUUAAAGAAGAACGAAACAACAACCAAUAAUACAUAAUUAUAGUGGAGAAAAUUACACAAAACUUGAGAUUCUGACAGGGACUAGAACGUCCAAACAUAUAUUUAUUUGAUUUGGCGUUCUUUUAUUACCUAUACAACAGAGACAUCUUUUUCAAAGCAACCCUUUUGUAAGUCUGGAAAAUGUGAAACUAUACUUGACGAUCUGAUAACACUGAUAUUCUUUACUGGGACUUGGUUAUUUUAACCCAUGUUAAACUGGACUCAUCCUACGUGCCUAUUUUGUAGCUUUGUUUUUCAUCUUUUAAUUUUUGUCUGUUGUUAUCUCUGUUUUAUAUACGUUAUAAAAUGAAAUAAUGCUUUUUUUUAAAAAAACCUCUACCAAAAAAAAAAAGCUCACCUUCUUUCCUUGCCCAUUCUUAGUCUUGUCUUUCCUCCCCGACAGAGAGAUCAUCGCCCUGGUUGCCAAAGUGAUGAUGAUUUUCGCCCCUUUCCAUCUGCUGGAUGCAAUAGCGGUGAGUUCAAUACAGCAUGAAUUGGUACCCAGGGCUGUGUGGCUGCAAACCCCGUAGUUCCACUAGGGGGCAGCACAAGCACAGAAUGUGGUUCUUCCUUUUCCUUUUCUCACGUUUAAAACUUAGCAAGCUUCUAGACCUCAUGUUCAUAAACAUAUUUUUGAAGCCAUUCGCCCAGAUAGUCUUCAGCUGCCAAAUAAAUCUUUCCAGUGUUUGGAGAUCUAGUUUUUUCCUGUCCUGUGGAUAUUCUCCCAACACUGCCCCAGCCCCAGCAAGCAAAAACUGCUCACAAAUAAUUUUCGGAUGGAAUGUAAAGGGAGAGGAGUUGUGCAAAUGGAUUCAGCUUGCCCAAUAUAAGCAGCUUUCCUUUCCAGUGACUUUGACAAUGCAGUCCUAAGCAUGUCUACUCAGAAGUAAUUCCUACUGAAUUCAGUGGGAUUUGCUGUCAGCUAAGGAGAACUAGGACUGGGUCUUAAUUUAUGUUAUUAUCUUAAGUGCACACAACCCUAGUUUAUUUACGUUAGCGUUUCCCUCGCUUGAGGGACUUUGAUGCGUGUUCUUAAGCCUGUUCUGAGCUUGCCUCUUGGACAGAAGCGAGAACUCAUACAGGGAGGCAACAGGCAGCUCUCUCCUCUGAGCUUGAAUCUUCCUGCAGCUUUCCUGUUAAAAUUAUUGGACAUAGCUGAGGUGGCAAAGUUGGCGUGUUUAAUCAGAGAAAAACAUUUUUCAAUAUUUACAAAAGAUUGGUAACCCCUUACAGUCACUAUGUGAAAAAGAAAAUGGAACUGUUGAUAUCUGGGUUUAAAUAAAACAUUGGUUUAUAGAACCAUUGAGUGUUCAAGAUAACAUCCACUCCGUUUUAAAUAAUUUUCUAUAUAUAGCUGACAGACGAAGAAUCGGAAGUUCUCUUUCUUUCUUUUCUUUCUUUCUUUCUUUUCCCCCUUCUCCUUUCUUCAUUUUGGUUUCUGUUUUAUUUGGAUUAGUUUUUUUAUCUUUGAUAAAAAGAUAUUGGAUAUUAAUCUCUGUAUUUUUUCAAACUUUAAUAUUUAUUUAUUUUUAAGGGAGAAAAACAACCCUUUGAGGUAGGCCAGGGUCUUGACGGUCUACCACGCUGACACUUUUGCUGAACUGGUAUAAUUUUAGCCCUCUCUCCUUCUCAUCCCCUCUCCAGGCCACGUGCGGCGGAAUACUGAGAGGAGCUGGAAAGCAGAAGAUUGGUGCCAUCGCCAACGCCAUCGGCUAUUACACCAUUGGGCUUCCCAUUGGCAUCACACUUAUGUUUAGGUACAAGCUUGGAGUGAUGGGUACGUAUCUCAGCAGGCCAACGCAAGCUGAUGUUGUCUGCUUUAAAAGAAAGAAAAAGAAUUUUAAUUUAAUACCUGCUGGUCAUUUUUUCCUAAGAGACAUCAAGGAUUGGGUGUGCUUGUUCACCUCUUCCCUCCUCAUCCUGUUUUCCUUUUGUGUUGUGCCUUUUUUUAAGGCACAAUUCAAAGUGCUGGUGUUGACCUUUAAAGCCCUAAACGGCCUCGGCCCAGUAUACCUGAAGGAGCGUCUCCACCUCUGUAAUGAGUAUGGGUUGCUCGUGCGUAAGUUGCCGCCUCUCCUGGCUUUGUUGCCUUGUUAAACCUUUCAGUCUGGGCAGCCCUUCACUUCGUGGCUGCCUCAGUCGCUAGCAGAAUCCGUCAGUGGGCGUUUCUUAAAUCUUUUCCAACAUAAAAGUUGUUUGACACCCAGUCUCCUCCUACUCUCUCUGCGCGGAAGUCUUCUGCGCAGGGAGGGCAUGGGUAGCGGAGGACCCGUGCUCUCCUUGCUGGUGUCCGGUGAAGAGUCCUGGAGCCCUCUCGCCGAUUCCCCCAUCUGCCCCCCUUUAUCCCUGGUGUUGCGCUGAUUUGCUUCCCCAUCUGCGGAGCUGCCUCUCUCCCUGCUGGGCCCUUCUCCAGCAUCAUUUGAGAGCCUUCCCUCCGCCUCUAGCUCCGAUGUCAGUUCCCUGACAACCCCCAUCGUUCUGCCCGGACGUUGAGGUCCAGCGCCGAGGGCCUUCUGGCGGUUCCCUCAAUGCAAGAAGCAAAGCUACAGGGAACCAGGCAGAGGGCCUUCUCGGUAGUGGCGCCCGCACCGUGGAACGCCCUCCCAUUAGAUGUCAAAGCGAUAAACAACUACCUGACAUUCAGAAGACAUCUUAAGGCAGCCCUGUUCAGGGAAGUUUUUAAUGUGUGAUAUUUUAGUGUAUUUUUGGUUUUUGUGGAAGCCGUCCAGAGUGGCUGGGGAAACCCAGCCAGAUGGGCGGGGUACAAAUAAUAUAUUAUUAUUAUUAUUAUUAUUAUUAUUAUUAUUAAAUUAUUAUUCUAAGCCUGAGGGCAGGGACUAUGUGUGUGUGUCUUUACUCACUCAGGGAGCCAUGCUGAUUGAAGAGCAGGAUAUAAAUGCUUUCAACAAAUGAAAAAAAAAGAGCAAGGCCCUUGUUUGGGUCCUGCCACUAGGUCCCUUCGCUCAGCUGUCUCCAAGAUCCAGCCGGACCGGGGGGGGGGAACUGUGGCUCCUCCAGAUGUUGUGGAACUACAACUCCCAUCAGCCCUAGCAAGCAUGGCUAAUGGCCAGAGAUGAUGGGAGUUGUAGUUCAGCAGCAUUGGGAGGGCCAGAGUUUCCCUCACACCUUUGUAUUCAUUAUAAUAAUAAUAAAUAAUAAAAUUUUAUUUAUAUCCCAGCCGAAGCCAGGCUCAGAGCGGCUAACAACAGUAACAUGAUACAACAUUCUAAAAUCAUUUCAUUAUAAAAUCAGUUUAAAUCCAAUUAAGGGCAACCAUUAAGCAAAAUUCUGUGCAGGUUGCCAGAGGAGGGAGUCAGGCUGCGCCCUGACCAAAGGCCUGGUGGAACAGCUCUGUCUUGCAGGCCCUGCGGAAAGAUAUCAAGUCCCGCAGGGCCCUAGUCUCUUGCGACAGAGCCUUCCACCAGAUUGGGGCCACAGCCGAAAAAGCCCUGGCUCUGGUUGAGGCCAGCCUAACCUCCCUGUGGCCUGGGACCUCCAAGAUGCUAUUUGAAGACCGUAAGUUCCUCUGUGGGGCAUACCAGGAGAGGCGGUCCCGUAGGUACGAGGGUCCUAGGCCGUAUAGGACUUUAAAGGUUAAAACCAGCACCUUAAACCUGACCCUGUACUCCACCGGGAGCCAGUGCAGCUGGUAUAGCACCGGGUGAACGUGAUCCCACAGCGGGGACCCCGUAAGGAGUCUCGCCGCGGCAUUCUGCACCCGCUGGAGUUUCUGGGUCAGUCUCAAGGGCAGCCCCACGUAGAGUGAGUUGCAAUAAUCCAGUCUGGAGGUGACCGUCGCGUGGAUCACAGUGGCUGUGUAUUAGGACGUUGCCUUAUGCCAAGUCAAGUUGGACAACCCAAUACUACCUGCUCUGACUGGCAGAGCACCACUCACUUUGGGAACUGCCGAUUUAACAUUUGUUGUAGUUCCAAAAACUUCUGGGGUGCGGUGCACCAGGUUUGUUUGUUUUUUAAAUGAUUUUCAUUGGCUUUACAUAUAAUCACAUUAUGUAACGUCAGAUCCUCUUAUUUUAUCUCUUUGGCUCAACUGGGCCUGACGACUUCUCUCCCUCCCAUCUGAUGGUUUACAACAGGCACCCCCAACCUUCGGCCCUCCAGAUGUUUUGGACUACAAUUCCCAUCAUCCCUGACCACUGGUCCUGUUAGCUAGGGAUCAUGGGAGUUGUAGGCCAAAACAUCUGGAGGGCUGCAGGGCAGGGAUGUUGAAUGGUUUCUUUAAAUAUUAAGGUUCGUCAUCGUUUCACAAGAUGUGUGUCUCUUUAAAGGCCAGAGCAAAUAACAUGACCUAGUUUUACAGCUGUGAAGCAGUAUAGCAGGUGCUGUUAAAAGUAAAGGUAAAGGUACCCCUGCCCGUACGGGCCAGUCAUGUCCGACUCUAGGGUUGUGCGCUCAUCUCACUCUAUAGGCUGGGAGCCAGCGCUGUCCGCACUUCCAGGUCAUGUGGCCAGCGUGACGAAGCUACUCUGGCGAGCCAGAGCCGCACACGGAAACGCCGUUUACCUUCCCGCUAGUAAGCAGUCCCUAUUUAUCUACUUGCACCCGGGGGUGCUUUCGAACUGCUAGGUUGGCAGGCGCUGGGACCGAGCAACGGGAGCGCACCCUGUUGCGGGGAUUCGAACCGCUGACCAUGCGAUCGGCAAGUCCUAGGCGCUGAGGUUUUACCCACAGCGCCACCCGCAUCCCAGCAGGUGCUGUUAAGUUGUGUUAAUUAAGCUGUGUCAGCAAUUGGGUAUUGUAUAUAAAGAGCAGCAUGUAGCGCUCUCAGUCCCCUGGUGAAAGGGAUGGUGGAUGGGUCAUGCUUAUUGAUAUAGUGUAAUUUAGUGUAAAAGGGGUUUUUGUUUUUGUUAUUCAAGCCUAGCAAAAGUUACUUUUGCGUUUCUUGAAUGUGUGGUCUCCCCAGCACCUUCUGCCUUCUGCAGUGCAACUAGUCUGCAAAAUAACCAACAGGGGAUGCCUGGUUUACAAAAUUAAACUUUGCAUCUUUACAUUUUGCUUUGUUUCCUAUCCUUUUUAUAUCAUUACAGUGGUACCUCGGGUUUAGAACUUAAUUCGCUCUGGAGGUCCAUUCUUAACCUGAAACUAUUCUUAACCUGAAGCACCACUUUAGCUAAUGGGGCCUCCCGCUGCCGCCAGAGCACAAUUUCUGUUCUCAUCCUGAAGCAAACCCGAGGUACUAUUUCUGGGUUAGCAGAGUCUGUGACCUGAAGUGUCUGUAACCCGAGGUACCACUGUACCUAAAAUAUUAAGUUACUCAACCUGAAUAUGUAGCAAUUUCCUCUUACAAAUCUUCAGAUAGCGCUGCUAUAAUGAUGUUAACUGCUUACAAUUGUCUUCCAAACAUGAUAUAAAUUUGUUCCAGUCGUUUUGGAAUGCUUGGUCUCGCUGGUUCUGAAUUCUUCCCAUCAGUUUUGCUAGUUCUGCAAAGUCCAUCAUCUUCAUCUGCCACUCUGCUUUUGUUGGGGCACACCGGGUUUGGGAAGCCUGACGUGUACGCAGAAUAAAUAAAUACUGGAUGGUUCAGGGAUGCGGGUGGCGCUGUGGGUUAAACCACAGAGCUUAGGACUUGCUGAUCAGAAGGUCGCUGGUUCGAAUUCCUGCGAUGGGGUGAGCUCCCAUUGCUCGGUCCCUGCUCCUGCCAACCUAGCAGUUCGAAAGAACGUCAAAGUGCAAGUAGAUAAAUAGGUACCGCUCCGGUGGGAAGGUAAACGGCGUUUCCGUGCGCUGCUCUGGUUCGCCAGAAGCGGCUUAGUCCUGCUGGCCACAUGACCCGGAAGCUGUACGCAGGCUCCCUUGGCCAAUAAAGCGAGAUGAGCACCGCAGCCCCAGAGUCAUCCACGACUGGACCUAAUGGUCAGGGGUCCCUUUACCUUUACUAGAUGGUUCAUCUGAGGGAUCUUCCCUUGUUCUUGUUCUCUCUUUUUAGGCCUGUGGACGGGGCUGAUCGUCUGUAUCUCCCUCCAAGCCGCCUCUUUCCUGGUCCUCGUCCUGCGAGCCGACUGGAAAAAGGCCUCGGAAGAGGUGAGGCUCGAGAGCACCGGUUCCUUUGGUUUCCAUAAGUGGGGCGGGUCCCAGCACCCCUGGGGGAAUCUAGCCCAACCCCUUGCAAAGAAACACAGGGGAAGAAUCCUUGACGGCUGGCCACCCAACCUCUGCUUAAAAGCCAGAGGAGAUCGUCUGACAGCUUCCAAGGUUGUCCGUUCCUCUGUUGAAUGGCUCUUAUCCUUCCUGAUGUUUAGAGAGAAUCUGCUUUCUUGCAACUUGAAUCCGUUGCUUCGAGUCCUAUCGUCCGGAGCAGCAGAAUAAUAAUACAGAGGACGCUUGGGUUGCGAACGUGAUCCGUGCGGGAUGCACAUUUGCAACCCACAGUGGCGUGUCUGCGCAUGCACGGGUUGCGAUUCGGCACUUCUGUGCAAAGCGUGAUUUAGUGCUUCUGCGCAUGCGCGACCGCCGAAACCCAAAGUAACCCGUUCCGGUACUUCCUGGUUUUGGUGGGUGCGUAACCCGAAAAACGCAACCUAAAGCGGCUGUGAGCCGAGGUAUGACUGCAUAGUCAAACCCCGGUUGUUGAACAUAAUCCGUUCUGGAAGCACGUUUGGCUUCCAAAACAUUUGACAACCGAGGCGCAGCUUCCGAUUGGCUGCAGGAGCUUUGAGCAGAAGCCCAUCAGACGUUCGGCUUCCGAAAAAUGUUCGUAAACCGGAGCAUUUACUUCCAGGUUUUCGGCGUUCAGGAGCCAAAACGUUCCAAAACGGAGGCGUUCGGGAUCCGAGGUUUGACUGUAACAACAAUAGCAUCAUCAAUAGUAAUUUUGUUGUUUAAAUGCCGCCCAUCUAACUGGGUUCCCCCAGCCACUCUGUGCAGCUCCCAACAAAAUAUUAAAAAGAACAUGUGGUCUGAGAGCUGCCCAGAGCGUUUGGCCCCUGCUGGAUUGAUGCAAAACACAUAAAAGACAAAUGUCCUCUUCUGUCAUGGGGGGCGCUGAACUCUCAGCCUCACAGGAGCUCUUCCUUCCUCAGUUCCUUGAAAAAGACACAAAAGAUUUUUGUGUGUUUCUUGGGCUCUGCUUUCCUUCAGAAAUUUCACACCCCAGUUUGUGGUUUUAAGGCAAAGGUGUGUUGUCGAGGUGGAAAAAGUGCCGUUCUGAAAACGAGGAGCUCCAGAAACCUGACGAUCCAAAUUAAAACGUUGGGAUUCUGCUCCCGGCUUCCAGCUGAGAGGCAACGGGUUGCGGCGAGCUUUCCUCAGAAGUUGGAAAUCGAGACCCCUAAGCUAGCCAUGCCCAUUAUUCCCAGUGGGACUGUUUUGAGCAGGACUAGCGUGGGAGACAGCCCUCGGAGUAGACGUACUGAAAUUAGCUGGCCCUAAUUAGGCGCACCCAUUAACUUCAAGGGGUCUACUCUAGGUAAGAUGAGAGCCCAGUACAGUGGUACCUCAGGUUAAGUACUUAAUUCAUUCCGGAGGUCCGUUCUUAACCUGAAACUGUUCUUAACCUGAAGCACCACUUUAGCUAAUGGGGCCUCCUGCUGCCGCUGUGCCACCGGAGCACGAUUUCUGUUCUCAUCCUGAAGCAAAGUUCUUAACCUGAAGCACUAUUUCUGGCUUAGUGGAGUCUGUAACCUGAAGCGGAUGUAACCUGAGGUACCACUGUACUUUUCGGAGAGAUGUGCAGUUGUGAAAGUAUUCAGGUGUCUGACGAAGGGCGACUCAAUGAGCCUUGAUUGGGACGUCAGGGAAAAUGUGUGCUAUGGGUUUUAACCCUGAGAUAACUCCUAUCUCCCUCUCCCCCCCCCCAUCCCAAAUUUUUCAUCUCCUAGGCUCAGAGCCGAGCAGGGCUGACAGCCAGACUACAGACCGGCAGUUCUGAGGACAUUUCUGCUAAUAAACCGGUGCCCUUAGGUAAUUUUUCAAUGGGGGUGGGAAUGAAUGGGGUUGAGAGUAUGAUAUAUAUUUUUUUGGGGGGGGAGAUGAAUGGGGCUGGGAGGGAUUCCUUUUCCCGCUUGUAUAAAGGUCAGGGGACACACAGAGGAGAGCGGAGCCUGCUAAAGUUUCGCUUUUAAAACUCAGUUCCUCGCAAGACAGCUUGAUCACCAUGACUGCUCUUCCCUGUGCGAUAUGUGGCCCGGGGCAGGUUUCCAAGGGUUAAGUUCCUAGAAUUGUGGGGUUGGAAGGGGCCCUCAAGGGUCAUCCGGCCUAGCCCCCUGGCCAUGCCGGAAUCGCAGCUCAGGAAUCGCCGACAGGUGGCUCACUCUGGCCUCCACUUUGCCUCUUGACCCUCUCUGCUUCUCCCUCUGUUUCUGGACUGCUCUCUGCCACAGCCUCUUCCUGCUCAUUAAGCCCUGUUUGGAUACCUCCUCCUCCCAUUCUUCUCCCUCUUUGGGCUCUGAGCCUUCUUCCCUUGGGGGUUCCCCCCAACAUCUCUCCGCCCAAUCAGACAAUGACAUACAGCAAUGAAAGGGGUGAGUAAGAUUGGGAAAUAAUAAUAAUAGUAUUUAAUUAUUCAUUCAUUCCCUGCCCAUCAGGCUGUGUUUCCCCAGCCACUCUGGGCGGCUUCAAACAGUAUAUUAAAAACACAGUAAAAGAUCAAACAUUUAAAACUUCCCUAAGCAGGGCUGCCUUCAGAUGUCUUCUUAAAGUAAGAUAGUUGUUUAUUUCCUUGACAUCUGGUGGGAGGGCAUUCCACAGGGCAGGUGCCACCACCGAGAAGGCCCUCCUCCUGGUUCCCUGUAACCCCAAUUCUCGCAGGGAGGGAACCGCCAGAAGGCCCUCAGAGCUGGACCUCAGUGUCCGGGCAGAACAAUGGGGGUGGAGACGCUCCUUCAGGUAUACUGAGCCAUUUAGGGCUUUAAAGAUCUUCACCAACACUUUGAAUUGUGCUUGGAAACGUCCUGGGAGUCAAUGCAGGUCUUUCAGGACUGGUGUUAUGUGGUCUCGGCGGCCGCUCCCAGUCACCAGUCUAGCUGCCGCAUUCUGGAUUAGUUGUAGUUUCCGGGUCACCUUCAAAGGUAGCCCCACGUAGAGCGCAUUGCAGUAGUCCAAGCGGGAGAUAACCAGAGCAGUGAUGGGGAGAGAAAAGGGGCGCGAACCCCUCUCCUUUUUGCAACUGCGGCCUUGCCCACCGCCAGCAUGCGGCCUGCAACCCAUUCCCCCUUCCCGGAUUACACCCCUGAACUAAUGGCGAGGUUUUCUACCCCAUAGCCUACCUUACGAUGGAAACGGAGGUCCCCAACGGAGACGCUCUCAGUGGCAUGGACCACGUGAUGGAGCACCCGCCGCAAGACCAGCUGAUUCCCCCAGAAGAGCUCACUUCGUCUCGCGUGGAAGUUUUGUCUGGGAAGCAGCUCCUAUUGCACCGGGGGCUGGCUGUGGCGUUGGCAAUCACCGUUUUGGUCGCAGGCGUCCUGAUCCGCCUCCUGUUGCAGAACGGGUAAGGCGCUGAGGGGCGGCAGACGGACCCCGUCGAGGACAGAAGACGGCUGGGAAUUCUCUUCAAUUUUGGAGGAACCCCUUUCCUUCCUGGGGCUCAGCCAGGUGUGUGUGUGGGUCACACAACUCAAAGAGAGCCACUUAGCCAAUUGCCCUUGGCCUGAAGGAUGGGGGGAUAUUUCCUGAGCUGGCCUGAGCCGCUCUGCUUUUGUUGGGAAGAGUUGGCCAACUUAAGAAAAGGAUAAUUAAUCGGAUGCCACUAUGAGGAUGUUCAAGCGAUGGGUCACUGUUACUCAGUUCUUCUUUUCCUGGAAGUUUAUUUUCAACCAGACUUUCCCUCUUGCAGCUCAAAUCUUUUUUGAGUCUCUCCCCACACCUUUUAAAAAAAUAUUUCAAUAACCAGCCUGCGGUUGUUGAACCCCGAGGCACGAGAUCAAGGACUCGGUUCAUGCAGCAGACUUUAUUUUCUUGAGAUGUGGACCCUGCCGGUUUUAUGCGUCGUGAGCUCAGGGCUCGUUAAGUUUCCUUUGGCAACCUCUAGCCGAAAACGCACCUUUUCUGUGCUCCCUUUUUUUCCAGUAAUUCUGCAUUUUGGUAUGGUUCAGGGUUUUUAUGAAUAAACCGAGUUUUUCUGAGUUGUUUUAAUAGAUUGCCAGGUGAAGUGCUUCUUCGAUGACGCGGGCAAAUGUUCUGACCCAGGUGUGUGGGAAACGUCGGCCCGAGCUGAACUACAACUCUCCUCCACUGCGGCAAGGGUGUUGGGAGUUGUAGUUCAGCAACAUCCGGAGGGGGACAAAGGCUCCCCAUUGCCUGUUCUGCUCCAACAGACAUUGC